AUGUCAACAAUAGAAGAUUUUUUAAUAGUUCCCUGGGUAGGACCAAGCUGUUGUAAAAACAAUCUGACCGUAGCUGUGAUUUCUUCUGAUGGUCAUAUUAUAGAAAGUGUUUCUGAAUCUAUAAUAGACGUUCACACCAAAGGAGAAUAUAGAUGGAAACUCGUUGUACUGCGGUCUUUUAGUUUAGAAGACAUCGUAAGACAGUCAGAUUUGACUGGUAAACUAGCUAUAGACUUCGUCGUGCUAGCGAUGGACACGAGUAGAAUCUUCUGCGUUGAAUGGGCGAGGAAAAUGUUAGAACAAGUGCAUCCAGAUCUUAGAAUACGACGAGUGGUGCUGUUAAAUACUAGUGGUUUACCAAUAAACACUAUGGCUGUGAAUGCUAGUGAAAUAAUAUCAUUUACCACAGAAAAUAAACUUGAUUUAAUAAGUGGCAAUAUAUCAAAACCAGAAGAUUCAAAAUUUUUGGCCAGUAGGAUAUUAAAGUAUAUAGAAGUCUCUAUUGGUGUUAAGACUGGUAUACCAAAUCUUAAUAUUUAA